GUUCCGCUCUUGUGUCAACCGGACUGUUUAUAGGGACGGACACCUCGAAGCUGCACAGGUCCGGACUACAGAAUUUGUUUCAGAACCGAACCAUGGAUGGUCCGCCGGUCAGAGUGUUGGCGUGCGGUGACGUGGAAGGCAGACUGAGCUCCCUCUUCAGCCGAGUCCAGGCCGUCCAGAAGAAGACGGGGCAGUUUGACCUGCUGCUCUGCGUCGGGGAGUUCUUUGGGACUUCACCUGCAGCUGAAGCAGAGUGGCAGGAGUACAAAACCGGAGCCAAGAAAGCCCCCAUCCACACCUACAUCCUGGGAGCAGCGAGCCAGGAGACGGUGAAGAACUUCCCAAACGCCGACGGCUGUGAGCUGGCGGAAAACAUCACGUAUCUCGGGCGGCGGGGGGUGUUCACGGGCGUCUCUGGGCUGCAGAUCGCGUACGUCAGCGGUCAGGAAGCCCUGCAGGAGCCGGCGCCGGCUCACUGCUUCACCUCCAAAGACCUGUCGGCCCUCGUUACCCCGCUGACCAGCAGCUCCAAGUUCCGAGGGCUCGACAUCCUGCUGACGUCGCAGUGGCCGCGAGGGGUCUGGCACUACGGCAACAGCCCGGAUGUGAACACAAAGUUGUGUGGAAGCAGCUCCAUCGCCGUCCUCGCUGACAAACUCAAACCGCGAUAUCACUUCGCAGCACUAGAGGGCGCCCACUAUGAAAGGCUGCCGUACAGGAAUCACGUUGUCCUGCAGGAAAACGCUCAACACGUCAGCCGCUUCAUCGCCCUGGCAACCGUCGGUAACCCUGCCAAGAAGAAGUAUCUUUAUGCCUUCAACAUCGUCCCGAUGAAGAACAUGGAUCCCACAGAGCUGGUGAAGCAGCCGCAGGACGUGACGGAGAACCCCUACAGGCGUCCAGCAAAAGACAAGAAGGAAGCUCAAAAGCCAGCCUUCAGCACCGAGGAAGAGGAGGAACCCGCGCAGCAGUUUUUCUUCGACCUGGGUCGGAAGCAAGACGGGAACGCACGCGGGCGCGGCAGGAAGCGACCGUCGGACUGGGAGGAUCGAGGACGCCACCGUCAGGAGCAGCACAGGCAGCCGCGACACCCGCAGCCGUCUGGUCCCUGCUGGUUCUGUCUGGCCAGCCCGCAGGUGGAGAAGCACCUGGUCAUCAGCAUAGGAACACACUGUUACCUGGCUCUGGCCAAAGGUGCCCUGACUCCUCGCCACGUGCUGAUCCUGCCCAUCGGACACUACCAGUCGGUGGUGGAGCUGGGCUCUGAGGUGGUGGAGGAGAUGGAGAAGUACAAGUCGUCUCUGAGGAACCUCUACAAGAGCAAAGGAGAGCGCUGCGUGGUGUUUGAGAGGAACUACAGGAGCCAGCACCUGCAGCUGCAGGUGGUUCCUGUCCCUCUGGACCGCUGCACCACAGAGGACAUCAAGGAGGCCUUUAUGGUCCAGGCUCAGGAGCAGCGCAUGGAGAUGAUGGAGAUUCCCCAACACACAGACCUCAAACAGAUUGCUCCUCCUGGGACUCCGUACUUCUACGUGGAGCUGGACUCUGGGGAGAAACUUUUCUACCGGAUCCAGAAACAUUUUCCUCUACAGUUCGGCAGGGAGGUUCUGGCCAGCGAGCCGUUACUCAACAUCCCGACCCGAGCCGACUGGAAGGAGUGUAAACAGACCAGAGAGGAAGAGGAGCAGAGCUGCAAACAACUGAGGGACGACUUCCAGCCGUACGACUUCUCCUGGGAAGACUGAAGCGUGCCAAGCCUCGCCUCUGUUACCGUGGUUUCCACUCACACCGGUCAUGAAGCUGGUGAUGCUUUAGUUGUAUUGGAUCCAAAAAGCUGAAUUCAAGUUUUUUAAUAAAAAAGAAAAUCCAAGCAGAA